AUGCCUCACCAGCCUUCUGGGGCCUCUCCAACCGCCAGCGACUUGCCUCCAACCCUCAAACCAAUCGUCCAUCUGCCACCAGACAACAAGCCGACGAACGUGAUCAUCUUCCUUCCGGGCUUAGGUGACACAGCAGCCAACUUCUCGUCCCUCCCUCGCGCGCUGAACCUCCCCGACGCUUUGACCAUCACUCUCAACCCACCUUUUCCGCUACCUUUCCCUCUUGGGCCGGGGGAUCAGUGGUCCGAGGACCUUCACGUCGACACCGCCACGGGUGGACUUGACUUGGACUCUCCUCUAACCAAGUCAGUGGACCUCGUUGCUCAGGAUGUGAUAUUGAAGGUCCUGAUUGAAAAGUUCAAGUACCGACCUGACCACAUCCACCUCUUUGGCUUCGGACAGGGCGGUUCAGUCGCUCUGACAGUCCCCUUACACCCAUUGAUAAUAUCAUCCCAACCCGCUUUGGGAGGCGUCAUAUCAGUUGGGGGAGCUUUGUCGCUAUCUGCACCUCUCGCGGGCACGAAGUCUCGGAACAAAACACCGGUCCUGAUCCUAUCAGGCUCAAAAUCACCGCAUGCAGCAGUGGGCUCCAGCCCACUAAGCCGCAUCAAGUCAGCCUACGAAUUCGUCACGUAUCAUCAAUGGAAGAAAGCAGAUGACUCCAUGCCCAAGGACCGCGGCGAGGUUCUCCCGAUGAUGCAGUUCUGGGCACGAAGGUUGAGAAGCAGACGUGGCGUUCCAGACGAUGCGAUCGAGAUAACUUGA